AUGGUCUUAUGGCAUCCCCCUGAUGCCCCGUGGGUGAAGCUGAACACUGAUGGUGCCUUCUCUGCAUCGACGCUGGAGGCGGGGGAGGGAGGAUUGGUUCGAGGGCCGGAUGGAGGCCUUCUACGGGCCUUCUACUCUCCGAUUACCGCAUCAUCGAGCUUUGAGGCGGAGCUGUUGGCUCUGAUUCGGGGUUUGGGGAUGGCGAUGGAGCUUUCGACCCACAUUUGGAUUGAGCUUGACUUAGCAGCUCUGGUUACCUUGUUGUCAUCUGGACGACUUGGCUCUGCGGAUAUUAGACAUCACACGGCUUUGAUCCGGAGUAUGACUGCUCAGCGGCAUGUUCGGUUCUCACAUAUCUACAGAGAAGGGAACCAGGCUGCCGACUUUCUGGCAGGUAGGGGGCUCAGACCCCUGCCCUUACUUAUUAUGACCCAAUCUCUACGCCUCGCUAUGUCAAGGCGCUAG